AUGUCACUCUUCUCCCUCAAGAAAGCGGCGCUGGCUGCCCUUUCUUUUUGUUCGCUCGCUGCCACGGUUCAAGGAUCACCCCUUCCAUCUCCAAGUGAGGUCGAAGUCACCAUACGACAGUCUGGUGGUUACAAGAAUAUUGUUUAUUUUACCAACUGGGGCAUCUAUGGACGUAACUACCAACCUGCCCAGCUGCCAGCGUCACAAAUUACUCAUGUUCUCUAUUCCUUUGCCAAUCUUCGACCGGAUGGCGAGGUCUAUCUUUCAGACACCUAUGCAGACCUAGACAAGCACUACCCCGGCGACUCAUGGAGCGAGCCCGGCCGCAAUGUCUACGGCUGCGUCAAACAGCUCUUUCUCCUCAAGAAAUCCAACCGCCACAUGAAAGUCCUCCUCAGCAUCGGCGGAUGGACGUACUCCACCAACUUUGCCUCCGCCGCCUCAACCCCGGCCUCGCGGGCCCGCUUCGCCGACUCCGCCGUCCGCCUCCUCGCCGACUUGGGUUUCGACGGCCUGGACAUCGACUGGGAAUACCCCGCAAGCUCUGGUGAGGCGGCCAACUAUGUGCUCCUCCUUCAGGCGGUCCGGUCCGCCCUCGACUCCUACUCCGCCACCCACGCCAGCAACUACCACUUCCUCCUCACCAUCGCCAGCCCGGCCGGACCGACCCACUACAACACCAUGCAGCUGCGAUCCAUGGCCAACCACCUCGACUUCUUCAACUUGAUGGCCUACGACUACGCCGGCUCCUGGGACUUCCGCGCCGGCCACCAAGCCAACCUCUACCACACAAACGACACCGCCACCCCAUAUUCGACCGAGCGUGCCGUGUCGGACUACAUCUCGGCCGGCAUCCCCGCGUCCAAGAUCGUGCUCGGCAUGCCAAUCUACGGGAGGGCCUUCACCAACACAAACGGACUGGGGCAGGCCUAUUCCGGCGUCGGCGGCGGGAGCUGGGAGAAUGGCGUGUGGGAUUACAAAGACCUGCCCAAGCCCGGAGCCCAGGUCGUGUACGACGCCGCGGCGGGCGCCACGUACAGCUAUGACUCGGCCAAAAGGGAGCUCAUCUCCUUUGACACGGCCGAGAUGAUCCAGAGAAAGGUUGCGUACCUCAAGCAGAGGGAGCUCGGGGGCAGCAUGUUCUGGGAGGCGUCUGCUGACCGGACCGACGGGCAGAGCUUGAUUGGGACCAGCUUUCGGGAGCUGGGGGGCAUCGAUUCGAGUCCAAACCAGCUCAGAUUUCCUGACAGUCAGUAUGAGAAUCUGCGGGCGGGGUUUGUUUGA